AUGUUGAAGCUAAACAGCGAGGCGCAAUUCACGAGGCUGGCCACACUGCUGCUCGUCGUUGGGGCAGCACUGGCCGUCGAAGUGCAGAAAUUUGGAUAUCUGUUUAACCCGCCGCAAGCAGAGCAUCAUGCAAGACCCGAAGAUAAACAGGAUCUAAACAAAAUACCGGGAGUGGCAGGCGUUGACUAUCCGAUUUACCACGAAGUUCCGCACACGCAAUUCAGUUGCCACAAUGUGCCCGCUGUUCCGGGCAUGUAUGCGAAUGUGGAGACAGGUUGCCAGGCCUAUCAUGUGUGCCACGAUGGCCGCGAGGGGCAUCAGGGAGCUUCAUUUCUUUGCACAAACGGCACCAUAUUCAAUCAAAAGGAAUUCGCCUGCGACUGGUGGUACAAUGUGAAGUGUGAGGAGGCUAUUAGCCUCUAUCACUUAAAUGCCGAUCCUGAGCAUAAUCCCUACGUGCCCAAGAAAAAGCCUGAACUGGAAAACGAAGCACAUGCGCCACAUGGCGGUGCUGGCUUUUUGAUACAUGCCUAA